AAAGAAAAACACAACCUAACCUAAAUUUUCCAUUAUUCUCAUCUCAAACUCAAUCUUAGAGAAAAAAAUCUAUUUCUCAUUCUCAUCUCAUAUCUGUCUCUUACCAAUCAGCCAUCAGCCAAUCAGUCGAGAUCAGAAUUCAGAAGCGGUCCAUUAUCAGUCUGCGGUUCAGUUUUAAUAACAAAUUUUUACAGUGAUAAAUCUGGUGAAGCAAUGAUAACGCUCAAAGUCAAGACCGUGGUGCCAUCAGGUGAAAACUGUGUCUCAUACCUUGUUCAUCCAGGUAAUCGAAGGAACUCGGCAAUUUUCCCCCUCCACAGUCGAACCACUGCUUAAUUUCUUUCGAUACAGUACCACGACUCCGUCGAUUGAUAUGGCAUCCAGACUUUUACUUCAGAUCCACCAUUCACUCGCCCCAAGAUAUUGUUUCCAUGGCCUGCCUAGCAAAACCGCAAAUUCCAUUAGCGGAUACUUUUCACCAAUCCUAACUUCUUGUCCUCUGCAGAAAUUCUUGCCACGGAUGUGUUUCUCAACUAAUUCCGAAGCUCAGCCUGAAACCCCUAUCAGAACGUCCCUUGAGUCUGUUGAACUCGAGAAUACUUUUGCUGUCAAAGUAUUACAAAAUGGUUGUUUCGGCAUCAAGCAUGCAAUGGAUGCUUUUCCUAAGCUGCGGGACAAUACCACUAUGUUGAACCCUUCUGAAGUACAAAAAAUGGAUUGGUCAGACAGUAUACCAAAACUUCUGGAGCAGUUCCAGUAUAUUAGUGAGCAGCGGAAACCACAAGAGUACUGCCUACUUUCUCAUGAGCUUUUUACGCCUAUGACAGAAGCUCUAAUAAAACGGUUCCCAAACAUGGCAGAUGAAGAAAUUCUCCAAAUAUUGAGGAAUUUAGCUAUGUGGCCCCAUGAUCAUACAAGGAGUGGAAAUUAUUCUCAUCUGACCAAAGCCCUCGAUCAGGAAUGCGUGAUGCGAGUCCGUUCAUGGAAGACUUCGCAAAUCUUAUUAGCAGCUCUUCACUGGUAUUUGAUUGGCAGAGCAAAAUCAAGCGACUGUGUUUAUCUAGGCCUGAAAAAAGUUGGCAGAAAAACUCAUAGGUUAACGAAAUCGCAGUUUGUUCAAUUAAUGUUUUUCUUGAAUGCCUCUCGCUGCCAUCAUCCAAGUGUGAACAUGAUGGAAGCAGAAUGGAAGAUGUACAAAGAAAUUGAUCAAUUUACCAUUCAUGAACUCGGCAUCAUUUGCCUGGGAUUCUUCAAAAGCCAAACAACUAUCAAAGAGCCCAAGCUGGUGGAGGCCAUAAUCGAUCGACUCGCUGAGAAUAUAGAUAUUGUUCAUGAUUUUACUGUGACUGCUAUCCUGAAAUGCAUACGCCACUCAUUAAAAUUUACACACCAUGAUUACUUAGUUGAAAAUCUUAUCCCUGUCCUGGCCGAACGAUCCGACAAAUACCCAUUUGUUGUAUGUGUACAUAUUGCCAGCCUCUUGAACAAAAAUCAUAUUCAGAAUGAUAAAAUUCUGAAAACUCUGGCUCAGAAACUUAAAGAGAAUAUGAAAACAGCUAGAAUCAAGGAGUUGACAGCUGUUGCUGGAUGUCUUUCUGGACUGAACUACAAAUGUGAAGAAAUUCCAAACAUAUAUGAGUUAACUGUCAAUGAAUUCCAGAGCCCUGAUCGGCAGGAUGAAAUCAUGGAGCACCCAAGGCAACUUAGUAUUUUUCUCAACAAAAUGCAGGUUGAAGAACUGUAUCCAGAAGACCUUCUGUCCAAAGCUUUUUCCCACGAAUUCCUUGUCCAUUGUUUUGGUAAGAGAUUCAAUAGGUUUAGUGUGCCCGUUCAUUACUUACAGUUAAGCGAAGGGGUGAAACUAGAGGCUCCCUCAUAUCAAGGGCCGCUACUAUCCCCUGAGUUGGAGGAAAGCAUGAAAGAUAAAGCAGCUUGGUACGUUCCAAAUGAAAAUAGUAGAAUCAAAGCAGAUAAGUUAAUCUAUAGUAUGUACUGUCAACUGAGUGACCUUCUCGGAGGGCAAGAGUAUGCAAAAAUAAUGUCGAUCCUGCCUUCGUUCAUGAAACCUGACAUAAUCUACUGUCUGGAGGAAGAGACAGGAAGGCCUUUACCAAUACCCGAAGAACUUAGGCCUGAUGCAUAUUUGAAAACCACUUUACCAUCAGCUGGAGGAAAGUGGCAUUGUAUCUACGGCACUGGAGAGUUCGGGCAUUGUUAUAAAACUGGAGAACCUGUUGGUUACAUGAGGUUGCGCGAAAGGCUCCUCACCAAAUUGGGCAUCGAACCUCACUUUUGCUUUCUUCCAUUUAUCAAAAUGCUUCCUCUCUCUGAAGAAGAACGGUUGGAUGUUAUCAAGCAAAUCAUAAAUUAUAGCAAAUAUGAGCAGAUUUGGAGGACAAAUAGAUAGUUAUUACAAAUUCUACCACCUGUUCCUUGUCUUUUCACCACCAAAA